CAUGCGCAGGGCGGGGAGACCUUGGGCAAGCGGUAUAGGCGCUCCGCCGAGGUGAAGGCAGCGGCGGGAGGCAAAGUGCCCGAGGGGGGGAAGAAAAAAUGCAGAGCUGGAGUCGUGUGUACUGCUCUUUGGCCAAGAGAGGCCAUUUUAGUCGAGUAUCUCAUGGCCUACAGGGAGUUUCUGCAGUGCCUAUGAGAACAUAUGCAGAUCAGUCAAUCGACGCGGAUGUAACAGUGAUAGGCUCUGGCCCUGGAGGAUAUGUUGCUGCCAUUAAAGCUGCCCAGCUAGGCUUUAAGACAGUCUGCAUUGAGAAGAAUGAAACACUAGGUGGAACAUGCUUGAAUGUUGGUUGCAUUCCUUCUAAGGCUUUAUUGAAUAAUUCUCAUUAUUACCAUAUGGCCCAUGGAAAAGAUUUUGCAUCUAGAGGAAUUGAAAUGUCUGAAGUUCGCUUGAAUUUAGAGAAGAUGAUGGAGCAGAAGAGUACUGCAGUCAAAGCCCUGACAGGUGGCAUUGCCCACUUAUUCAAACAAAAUAAGGUUGUUCACGUCAAUGGAUAUGGAAAGAUAACUGGCAAAAAUCAGGUCACAGCUACAAAAGCCGAUGGCAGCACUCAGGUGAUUGAUACAAAAAACAUUCUCAUAGCUACGGGUUCAGAAGUUACGCCUUUUCCUGGAAUCACGAUUGAUGAAGAUACAAUAGUAUCAUCUACAGGAGCUUUAUCUUUAAAAAAAGUUCCAGAAAAGAUGGUUGUCAUUGGUGCAGGAGUAAUUGGGGUAGAACUAGGUUCAGUUUGGCAAAGACUUGGUGCAGAUGUGACAGCUGUUGAAUUUUUGGGUCAUGUAGGUGGAAUUGGAAUUGACAUGGAAAUAUCAAAAAGCUUUCAGCGCAUCCUUCAAAAGCAGGGGUUUAAAUUUAAGUUGAAUACAAAAGUGACUGGUGCCACCAAGAAAUCAGAUGGAAAAAUUGAUGUGUCCAUUGAAGCUGCUUCUGGUGGACAGGCUGAAGUUAUCACUUGUGAUGUCCUCUUGGUUUGUAUUGGUCGACGACCCUUCACUCAGAACUUGGGAUUAGAAGAUCUUGGAAUUGAACUAGAUCCCAGAGGUAGAAUUCCAAUCAAUAGCAGAUUCCAAACCAAAAUUCCAAAUAUCUAUGCCAUCGGGGAUGUGGUUGCUGGUCCCAUGUUGGCUCACAAAGCAGAAGAUGAAGGCAUCAUCUGUGUUGAAGGAAUGGCUGGCGGUGCUGUGCACAUCGACUACAACUGUGUGCCAUCAGUGAUCUACACGCACCCCGAGGUUGCUUGGGUUGGCAAAUCAGAAGAACAGUUGAAGGACGAGGGCGUUGAGUACAAAGUCGGCAAGUUCCCAUUUGCUGCCAACAGCAGAGCCAAGACCAAUGCUGACACAGACGGCAUGGUGAAGAUUCUUGGACAGAAGUCAACAGACAGAGUACUGGGGGCACAUAUCCUGGGACCAGGUGCUGGAGAAAUGGUAAAUGAAGCUGCUCUGGCUCUGGAAUAUGGAGCGUCCUGUGAAGACAUAGCUCGAGUCUGCCACGCACAUCCGACCUUAUCAGAAGCAUUUAGAGAAGCAAACCUGGCUGCAUCAUUUGGCAAACCAAUCAACUUUUAAAAUAGAAGAAAACAUAUAUAUAUAUACACACACACAAUUAUUAUUCCCCAAAUCUGCAAGCUUUUGUAGAGGUCACAUUUCUGAACAGGAUAUGUUCACAGUUCCAGAAAUUUCUAGGACGGAAUUAUGAAGCUUUGAGAAGGUAUUUAAUAUGCUUGAACAGAAUGGAAUGAUCUUGUAUCUAUAUUUUAAAUAAAGAUUUUGUUUCAUUGCAUUCGUGCUGUGGACAGAAAAACAAAAAGCUACAUAUGUUAGCACUUUAAAGACCAACUGAUGUUGUCAUGGCAGUUUCCAAAGGAGUGUGUAGCUGGAGUGUUCUGGAGCGCUUCACCCCUGAGCUGCUGGUGGUGUUUCUGCUGCUGUUGGGUUGAGACCCCAGUGGUGAAGCUCCUUUUGGUUUGGUUUUCAUAUUGGAAACGUGUCAGUAAAUAGUGCAAAAUUCAAAUAUGUAUAGACACCUCAUGUAAAUAAAAAGUGACUGUUUCUCAUUUACCUCCUAAAUUUUUGCAGUUUAGAGGUAGAAUUGUGUUUAAAGAUUUUAAAGGUUCCAUUAAGGACUAGAAAUCUACAGGGUAGUUAUUAAGUUACCCAAAUUAGGAGUCUGUCUACCAAACUAAAGUACUAAAUGGAGGCUCAUGUGUUAUAGCAAGGAAUGGAGAUACCAAAAUAAACAUGUCUUAAAUACUAAUUUAGUGGUUAUUCUGAGUGCAUAUUGAAACAGUCCUUUCUUCUGACUACCUCUGUGUAUUUUAAAGAAUGUAUUGUUGCUUUUAUAAAACUGGAUAUGUCUUUCACAUUGUACAGUGUUAAGGCAUUGAGGAGGACAUUGCCCUUCAUCUGUUUUACAGUUGCUAAAUGUCUAGCAUAUGAUUUUGGGGAAAUACAGCAUAAGGGUGUUGAUCUAC